GCACUUGGUGUCAGACUUUCAGUACCAUCAAGUAUCCAUUAGAGAGAUUAAAUCUCCUUUUCUCCAUGCCGGGAUAUUCAGAGUUCUACUUCAAUGUGGACCAUGGCUACUUGGAAGGUCUGGUCCGAGGGUUCAAAGCAGGAAUCUUGACAAGUGCAGACUACACCAAUUUAGCACAGUGUGAGACCCUAGAAGAUCUAAAGUUACAUCUACAGACUACAGACUAUGGCAACUUCUUGGCUAAUGAAACUGAUCCUCUCACUAUUUCCACCAUCGAUGAUAAACUGAAAACAAAACUACUCACGGAAUUUCAUUACUUCAGAAACCAUGCUUUUGAACCACUUGCCACUUUUCUGAAUUUUAUCACAUACAGCUAUAUGAUUGACAACGUAAUUCUUUUAAUAACUGGCACGUUACAUCAGCGGCCUCUUGCUGAACUUGUUCCCAAGUGCCAUCCACUGGGAUGUUUUGAGCAAAUGGAAGCAGUCAGCAUUGCCUCAAACCCCACUGAGCUGUUCAAUGCAAUUUUGGUUGACACACCAUUAGCUGCUUUCUUUCAAGACUGCUUGUCUGAAAAUGACCUGGAUGAAAUGAACAUUGAAAUAAUGCGCAACAAACUGCACAAGUCUUAUCUUGAGGCAUUUUAUAAGUUUUGUGAAAAACAAGGUGGUACUACAGCAGAAAUAAUGAGACCGAUUCUUGAGUUUGAGGCUGACAGACGUGCCUUUAUCAUCACCAUUAAUUCAUUUGGCACUGAGCUGAGUAAAGAUGACCGAGAGAAGCUGUAUCCAACCUGUGGAAAACUGUAUCCAGAAGGUUUACACCUCUUGGCUAAUGCAGAAGACUACGAGCAAGUGAAGAGUGUUGCAGAUUACUAUGCAGAAUACAAGGCUGUGUUUGGAGGUGUCGGGAGUGGCACUGGAGAAAAGACACUGGAAGAUGCAUUUUUUGAACAUGAGGUAAAGCUGAAUGUACUUGCAUUCAACAACCAGUUUCAUUAUGGUAUAUUUUAUGCCUAUGUAAAGCUAAAGGAACAAGAAUGCAGGAAUAUUGUAUGGAUUGCUGAAUGCAUUUCUCAGAGACACAGAACCAAAAUUAACAACUACAUUCCGAUUUUCUAAAUCUGAGAAUUUAUAAUCCUUUAAUGCCUGAAAAGA